CCAUACUUUAGCUAUCUUUUUCUUUGUUCGUACCGUCAUCUUCGAUAUCAAAAGAUAUGUCACUAAAAAGGCCGAGAGUUUCAGAGUCUAAUCACGAGAUUUCAAAAUCGAUUUAUGAAUCCGUGAAAGGUUCUCAUGAGUAUGAUAUUAAAGGAUAUUCUCUAACAAGGGGAACGGGAGUUGGUAAAUCGAUCACCAGUGGCAGAUUCACAGUUGCUGGUUAUGGUUGGAAGAUCCUUUUUUAUCCAGACGGCGCUAAUCUAUCCGUGAGUAUUAAGCUAAAAAGCCCUGGAGAAGUUAGGGCAUGGCUUGAACUGAAACUACUGGAUCAAACCGGAAAUGGUCAAUAUGAUCGUCCUACAACUCUAUACAAGUUAAAAAGAGGAGGCUCAAUGGGAUAUAAGAGGUCGGCGUUGGAGGCCUCAAGCUUUCUCAAGGAUGAUUGCCUUAAAUUUCAUUGUACAAUCGGAGUAGUGCGAACUCGUGUUGGAAACGGGAAACGUUAUGUUAUUCCCGUACCUCCACCAGAUAUGAUUCAGAAUCUCAAGGUUUUGCUGGAAUCUAAAAUUGGUUCCGAUAUUACUUUUGAGGUUGGCAAUGAAUUCUUCAGAGCCCAUAAGGUGAUUCUUGCAGCUCGAUCCCCUGUAUUUAGAGCUCAGUUUUUUGGACUAGUGGGCAAUCCAGACAUGGAAAUAGUAGUCAUUAAAGAGGUUGAUCCUUUUGCAUUUAAGGCCAUGUUGCUAUUUUUGUACUCGGAUGAACUUCCCGAAACACAUGAACUUUCUGAUUCAGAUCCUCUUUGCACUCCAACUACAAUCGUGCAACAUCUGUUAGCUGUAGCAGAUCGCUUUGGCCUUGCUCGAUUGAAACUCAUGUGUGAGGAAAAAUUAUAUGAAGAUCUAACUGCAGAUACUGUGGAAAAUACACUGGCCAUAGCAGAUGUCUACAACUGCACGGAACUGAAAACUGUCUGCCUAAGCUUUGCAGCUAGACCAGAAAAUUUAGAAGAGGUUAUGAAGUCAGAUGGGUACGCAGAUUUAUUUACUAGUGCAGCAAUGGAUAAAAAUUGAAGCCAAAACAACAACAAUACCUGCUGAAACAAUGGUGUCCUAGGCUAGUUUCUAAUUAACUUGUUGGGAAUAUUUAUUACAGUGUG